GCAGGACCUGAAAAUUUCAAAGCUUACUAUUAUUGUCAGUUAUACUUAGUGCAAAAUAUGACACAGGAGGGUCGAAUUUUAUUAUUCUUUUAAUAAAAGAAUUUUCUUUCAUUCCAUUUUUUUUUCAAAAUUUCCAAAAAUUAUUUUCUUCAUAUAUAGAAAAUUUUUUUUUUUCAAUUUAAAUAUUUUUAGUUGACCUAAUCCGCACAUAUAUACAUAUAUACAUGCUAAUAUGGAGUCGAGCUUCCUGACAAUGAAGUCUAAAGUAUUGUUUAGUUAGUAGCUUUUUUUCCCUCGAGUAAAUGUGUGUGCUUUAUAAAGUGUUGAAAAAAAAAAUUUAUUAAACAAAUCAGGUCAUAAAUAUUGUCAAUAUAUAGAAAUUAAAUUUAGAAAAUAAUUUUUAAUUAAUAAAAAUGGCAUACGACGAUGUUAUCCUUCGAAUGGGUGAAUUUGGUCGCUAUCAACGUAGAAUUUAUUUGUUAUUAUGUCUUCCUGCAAUUAUUUGUGCUUUUCACAAAAUGGGAGGUGUUUUUCUCGGCAGUAAACCCGACACAAGGUGCCUUCUGCCAGUAGAAAAUCAAUCAAACGCAACAUUUAAAUUGCCCGAUAAUUAUAUAAAUGUAAGCUAUCCAAUGGAGGAAACAAUAAUUGGUGUUAAAAAAAUAAAACCAUCACAAUGUAAAAUGUAUGAUAUAAAUUAUCCAUCGUCUGUGACGACACUGGACCAAUAUGCAUUAUUUGCAGCAAAUAAUCCACGAAAUGUUGUCAUAGCAUGCGAUACUUUUGUUUAUGACAAAAGUAGAUUUACUCGAACAGUAGUGACUCAAUGGAAUUUAGUUUGUGACGACUCAUGGUUAGUAUCAUUUGGAGAUUCUUUAUUUAUGGUAGGUGUUAUGCUUGGCUCAAUAAUAUUUGGUUACUUGUCGGAUAAAUAUGGACGACGACCAAUUUUCUUUUUAUCAUUGGUCAUUCAACUCGUCAGUGGAACUAUCGUUGGUCUUGCGCCAAAUUUUAUCACCUAUGUCAUAUUCAGAGCAAUUAUUGGCUCAACAACAAGUGGCGUUUUUCUCGUUGCAUACGUAAUUGCACUUGAAAUGGUUGGACCGAAGAAAAGAUUAAUUGCCGGUGUUGGUUGUCAAUUAUUUUUUACAUUUGGCUUUAUAUUAACUGCUGGUUUUGCAUAUUUUAUUCGUGAUUGGCAAAUGUUACAAAUUGCCCUCACUCUUCCGAAUAUAUUAUUUUUAGCUUAUUGGUGGUUUAUUCCAGAAUCGGCUCGCUGGUUAUUGACGAAAGGUCAAACACAAGCUGCCAAAGAUUUAUUGCAAAAAGCAUCGAAAGAAAAUGGAAUUGAAAUUAUUGAUGAAACAUUGGAAGUUCUUUUACAUGAUGGUAAUGAAGGAUCAACUCCAGAUGUUAAUGAACCAUCGUUAAUUGAUUUGUUUCGAUAUCCAAAUCUUAGACGAAAGAGUUUACUUAUAUUUUUCAAUUGGUUUAUCAAUAGCGGAGCGUAUUAUGGCCUUUCCUGGGCUUCAUCGAAACUUAGUGAUAAUGAAUUUGUCACUUUUGCUCUGUCCGGAGCUGUGGAAGUACCUGCUUAUUUAUUCCUUAUAUUUACAUUAAAUAAAUGGGGUAGAAAAGUUAUUUUAUGCGGAUGUAUGAUUGCCUCAGGAGUAUUUUUAGUUGCCACACCUUUAAUUCCAUCAGGAAUGGACUGGCUAACUAUCACGUUUGUCAUGAUCGCCAAGUUUGCGAUCACAGCCUCUUAUGGUGCUAUUUAUGUGUUCACAGCUGAACAAUUCCCAACAGUUGUUCGGAAUGUCGGCCUCGGAGCAAGCUCCACAUUUGCGAGAGUUGGAGGUGUUAUUGCACCUUUCAUUAAUCAUCUCGAUCAAACUUGGUUUCCCCUACCGAAUCUCAUUUAUGGUGGGGCAGUUUUAUUCGCCGGACUCUUAUCGCUUUUAUUGCCAGAAACACUUAAUAAAAAAUUACCCGAGUCCAUUCAAGAUGGAGAACAAUUUGGAAUGAAAAAAGAGAAACAAAAGAAGAUGAAAAAAGUUCUGGACCUAAAUGAUAUAUCAUUAAAAUCAGAGAAGACGAAAGAAAACGGAAUUUACGAAAAGUAAAAAAAAAAUUUAGUGUCGAUAUUUUAUUGACAGUAAAAAAAAUUUUUUUUUGGCUAUGCUCAAAGUAUUUAAUAAUUGCAUUCCUGUCACCGACAAUUGGCUAUAAUAGACGAAAAAAAAAAAAAAAAAAAUUGUACAAAUUCUGUGAAUAGGAAAAUGUGCCAAGCCAUAAUGUGCCAAGUCAUAAUAAUUAAUUAAUGUAGAAUAAUAAUUUCUACAUAUAUCAAAAUGAUAUAAUUAAUUGCACACAAUAUCGAAUUUUGAUAUUCAAAAUUGUAUUUUUUUUUUUUUCAACGAAAUCACUUUGCGCAAAAAACACUCCAACAUAUCGUUAGAAAUAAUUCCUAUUGGAUGAAAUCGAUAAAAAUUGAGAUCAACAAUUUUUUUUAGAUUUUAAUUCAUCUAAAAUUUUUAUAUUAACGAAUUCAACAAUUUUUUUCAAUAGGAAUAUUCGAUACCGAAAAGUAUUUUUACAAAUGUAUUCGCAAAGAAAGAAAGAAAGUGUACGUGUGUUUAUACUCUCGAGAGAAGAAAUCGAAACUAGAAAUCAAUUUUUUUUUCUUUUUUUU